AUGGAUUCAUCAAUAGCACCAGAACUUGAAUGUAAAAUAUAUAAAUAUUUAUUAGAUAGUGGUUGUUGUUAUAGUUGUUGUUUACGUUUUCUUGGAACAAAAUCAACUGAAUAUUUUUUUGAUCCAAUAAAAACAUCAUUAAAGUUGAAUUUUAUAAAUGCUGAUGAUGAAAUUAAAAGUGAAACUCGUUGUAUAUCAUGUCUAGGAAUACUUGAUGAUGCUAUUGAAAAAGAAGCUGUGCAAAAGAUAAAAGAAGCUAUUAAAAAUGGUGGUUAUGAUUCUUCAACAUUUACAUUUGCAUUGUCUUUGCCAGUAUCAUUGACAAUUAGAGAAACAUCAAUACAAAUAGCAUUGUCAAAAAAAUUUAAUUUAUCAGAAUAUCAAUUGAUUGGUUUAAAAUUAAAAACAUGGAGUGUUAAAGAUGUAUGGAAAGCUCAAGUUGUACCAAUUAUUGAAAAUGAAUGUUUGAUGAAAAAUGUAACUGCACCAGUUCCAUCAUUAUUUUCAAUUGAUAUUUCAUUUAUCAAUGAUACAGAUGAAAUUGAAUGCAACAAAUUAUUGAAAAAAUGUGAUCCAAAUUUUGUAGAAUCAAAACAUAAACAUGUAAAUGAUAAAAUUUAUAGUAGAAAUACUAUUGAAAAAAUUUUAUCAAGUGUAAAAGAAGAAAAUUUUAUUGAAUAUUUUAAUAUUCCAAUUGACAGACCAGCUGAAAUUAUUAAAGUUGAUAAAGUUGGUUGUUCACAUGGAAGUAUUUUCAUUGGAGGAAGAUACACUAAAUUUAAUAGAAAAUUAAGUCAAACACCUUGGUUUAUAAAUGGUGAAAAAAAAAUGGAAACAUCAGUACAAGAAUUAAUUUGUGAAUUUAUUGUUGAACAUACAAAAGCUGAAUCAUUAAAAUUUUUAUCAUCUGGAAGAGAAGAUGUUGAUGUAAGAACAAUUAAUUCUGGACGUCCAUUUGCUGUUGAACUUGUUAAUCCAAAAAUAACAAAUAUUAGUGAUGAUGAGUUUAAUGAUAUGGUUACAAAAAUAAAUGCAUCAACAGAUAUGGUUCAAGUAACAUCCAGACUGAAAUUAUUAAACAGUGAUGAUUUGAAAAGACUGAAAGAAGGUGAAAAUCAAAAAUCAAAAUUUUAUCGAGCACUUUGUUUGUUACGUUCAAAUACUGCUGACACAAUUGAUUUUGAAAAAUUAAAUUCAAUUAAAAAUUUAGAAAUUAUACAAAAAACUCCAAUUCGUGUUUUACACAGACGACCAUUGGCAUCAAGACCAAGAUUUAUUCAUGAUUUACGUGGACGUUUAUUAACUCAACAAGAAAUUAUUAAAUUAUCCAUAAAUACACCAGAAAAUGUAUUAAAAAAUUUAUUUGUUCUUGAUUUAAAAACUCAAGCUGGUACUUAUGUUAAAGAAUUUGUUCAUGGUGAUUUUUGUCGAACAAAACCUAAUUUAGGUGAUUUACUUCAUGAAGAUGUUGAUAUUGUUGCUCUUGAUGUUACAGGAAUUAAUUUACACUGGCCAUAAUUAAUUAUUUCAACUUUGAAUUUAUAAUAUUUGUAGCUAUUUACAAAUUAAAAAUGUAAAUUAAACAAAAAAAUAUGUAUUUAUUUAAAUGUUUUUUUUUUUUUUUUUGUUGCCAAAACAAACAUCCUGUUUGGCUUGACAUAAUUUAUCGUUUGUAAAUUAAUGACAGCUGUUUAUUAUAAUUUAAACAGAAUAAAUUAAACUUUUAAAAACAUUUAAAUAAAUAAUUUUAUAUACAACUUUUUAUAAUUGAAUUAAUGAUUUUAAAAUAUGAAUAGUAAUUUAUUAGUUUACUAUUUAGACUUGUAAAUUAAUAGGCAAUGUGAAAAUGAAUUAUUUUCUAUUAAUGAGAGAAUUGGUAUUUUUAAAUUUCAAUUAAAAUUAAAUUGCUAUUAAUAUUUUAAAGAUUAUACUAGCUUUUUGUUAGUCUCAUCAAGACUUGCAAAGAGUUAAAGGUAAUCAGCAAAUGCUGGAACUCUUUGUAAUGCUAAAAAUUAUUAUGAUAAAAAUCCAAGUCCUACCAUCUCCAAAAAUUGAUAUGAUAAAUUUUUUAAAAUACUCACGAAAUUCAUGUGUAAAGAAAAUAAACAUAUUAUAGUUUGAGGAUAUUUUAAUAGUUACUAUAUUGUUUAAAAAAUGAUAAUUAAAUUCGUAAUAGUAAUAAUAUUUAUUGUCGAUAUUGUACACCAUAAAAUUUAUGUUUAAUUGUAUCUUCAUCAUAGUAAACAUUAUUUUUCUUAAC